UUUCUUGAAAAUGAAAAUCCUUUUCUGUUUACUGAUCUUAUUUUUUCGGUUUGCUCAAAUACUGAGUUCUUUUCACUUCUCUAAAGGAUAUGAUGUUCAUGUUGUGAAUGGGAUACACCUAAGUCCCAAUCCAUUGAGGAUUCAUUGUGCUUCCAGAGAUGAUGAUUUAGGAUAUCAUACACUAAGUGAAAAUCAAGAUUUUCAUUGGCACUUUUAUGAAGAUAUACUUCUCAGAACAUUAUUUUUCUGUCACUUUUGGUGUGGAAAGAGGCAAAAAGCUUUUGUUGUUUUUAAGGAUCCCACCGCCUGUCAUAUUGGUCAAGGGGACGAUGAUCAUAAUCAGUGCUAUUGGCUUGUAAAAGCAGAUGGGUUUUAUUUUGCCAAAAAAAAUCCCCCUUCUCCCUCUGAUUUGAAGAAAAAAUAUGACUGGGAAUUAUCCCCUUAGACAUUAUAAUCUUCACAUUAUACUUAGAUUAUGAAAUAAAAGAACAUAUAGUUAUGUUUAAUGUCUGUUGUCUCUCCUCUUGCCCAGUGUAAAAUGGGUUAUGUA